CGACACCAUCCCCUGGGGCUUUUCAAAAAAGGGACGAUGAACCCGAACCCGAACCUUCUAGAUCAAUUUGCACAGUCACUUCCACCACCACUCAACCUACUCGUACUUGCGAUGAAACUUCAUCCCCAAAUUUUAAAUAUAAAGUUACUAAAACUUGUAAGGAUGGCUACCCAACUGAUGUUAUUGAUGAUGAUUCUGAUACCACUCCCUCCCCGAAACCAUCUGUUAUUGUCGUUUCAG